AUGGAUCGCAUUCCACUCCCCUCGCCAUUGUCACACUCGCUCGCGUCGCCUCGGGCCCGCCUCGGGCCGUGGCUCCUUCCUCCCGACCGACGGACCGUCGCAGCGACAUUCAAUGGAGUCAACGGGGCCGACAGAGACAACAGCGUUAACAGAGCCAGCGGAGUCAACGGCGUCAACAGGGUCAGCCAAGUCAGCAGAAACAGUGACAGGGACUCGCUCAUCCCGUCUCGUUUUUUCACGUCGCUAUCCUCCCGCGCCUCCCUCUGCGCCAAAUCCCACGUUUUACUCCGCCAAUCCGCUUGCGCCUCCCCACGACCCUCCCCCUGCCUUUCCGCCUCUCCCUCCGCUAGUAUCUGGGCCAGCACGUCUUGCGCGCACCCCGGAGAGGAGGCGCUGAGGCACCCCGGCGCUCCAAGAGGAGGCGCGGGGCGCAUUGGCGCGCAACUGGCGGGGCUGCAGCUGCGUGCUGCGCUCCCCCUGGUUGCGCGGGCGGAAGGCGGGGGCGAGGCCGGUGUUAUCGUUGCGCGCGGCAGGAGAUACAGCGGGAGGGGGAAGGGGGGAGAGGAAGAGGGGGAAGAAGAGGAGGACGGGGAAGAGUGGGAUGAAGUUGGGGAAAGGGCCGUCAUGCACGCAGUUGAGGAAGACGAGUUGGAUAAAGGCAGCGGUAGUAGCAGCGAUAGGGAAGAGAGCGGGGGAGGGGAGGAAAAGGGGGGGCGGAAGAAGAGGAGGAGGCGGAGGGAGGAGGAGAAGCAGCGGACGCGGGAGGGGGCGGAGGCAAGUAGCGGGGAGAGCCUGAGGAGGGGGGUGAGCUAUGCGGAGGCGGAGAGGUGGGUGGACGCAGGGGCGGAGGCGGAAGGGGCAGAGGCGGGGGGAGAGGGGGAGGCGAGAUUGGGCGCGGAGGGGAGACAGGGGGGAGAGUGGCCGCACGUGCCGGUGCUGGUUCGGGAGGUGGUGGGGGCGUUUGAGGGCGUGCGGUUGACAACUCUGGUGGACGGCACACUGGGGGCCGGCGGUCACACGCUUGCUGUGAGUGCUGAUUGUGGCUGCACCCGCUCCAUCGCAUUCACACGGGGUGCUGCUGCUUCUGCCCCCUCCUGGUCACUCUCCUGCUUACGCGUUCCCUCCUUUCUCCCCUGCAGCUGGCCCGGCACCAUCCAGAGACACAGGCACACUGUUGACAUCACAUGCCAUCGCACAUGCCGCUGCUUUCCUUCAUUUCCCUCUCCGUGUGAGCAGCUAGCCCGCCACCAUCCAGAGCUACAGACAGGCAGUGCCCGGCACCAUCCAGAGCUACAGACGGUGCUAUGCCAACACCAUUCAGAGCUACAGACGGUGGAGGGCGUGGACGUGGGCCCCUCAGCACACGCCAUCGCUGCUGAUUUUCCCUCCCUUCACUCUUUUGCCUCUGCUCUCUCCCGUGCUCUCUCCCGUGCUCUCUCCCGUGCUCUCUCCCGUGCUCUCUCCCAUUUCGUUUCUCCCCUGCAGCUAUGCCAACACCAUUCAGAGCUACGAACGGUGGUGGGAAUGGACGUGGACCCCGCAGCACACGCCAUCGCUGCUGAUUUUCCCUCCCUUCACUCUUUUGCCUCUGCUCUCUCCCGUGCUCUCUCCCGUGCUCUCUCCCGUGCUCUCUCCCGUGCUCUCUCCCGUGCUCUCUCCCAUUUCGUUUCUCCCCUGCAGCUAUGCCAACACCAUUCAGAGCUACGAACGGUGGUGGGAAUGGACGUGGACCCCGCAGCACACGCCAUCGCUGUCGCGCGCCUGCACCCCUUGCUGCGCAUCGCUGCCUCUCCAGGCGCACGGGCAGCCAGUCCGCACGAUGCUCAUGCCCACGGCCAAGCAGAGGCUUGUCUAGAGGAGAGGGGCCAGUUCGAGGAGCAGGGGCAAGCAACACUGAGAGUAGCGGAGGCGAGACCGGAAGCGACAUUGCGAGUGGUGGAGGAGAGGGGGAGCACAGCAGCCACUCUACACGUGGUGGAGGGGAAUUUCCGGCGGAUGGUGGAGGCGUGUGCGGGCGUGGGGGUGGGGCGUGGCAGCGUUGAUGGCAUUCUGCUGGACGUGGGGGUCUCGUCCAUGCAGAUCGACAGGGCAGAGAGGGGCUUCAGCUUCAUGAGGGAUGGGCCUCUGGACAUGCGCAUGGACCCUAAGCUCUUCUUCCCCACACCCCCUUCCACAUGCACCACCCAUGCAUCCACCACCCAUGCAUGCACCACCCUUGCACCCCCCCACCAGAGCCCCAUCACCGCUGAGGUGGCGGUCAACGAUUGGCCGGAGGAGGUGCUAGGGCAGAUCUUGAGAGACCUAGGGGAGGAGAGGCGGUGGCGGCAGCUUGCCCGGCGGAUCGUGGAGGCGCGGGGGCGAGGGCGCAUCAGCAGCACCACGCAGCUCGCUGCUGUUGUGGCAGGAGGGGCGUAUGGGCCUAAGAAGGGCUCAGCCACUUCAUCCCGCCGUGGUGGUCCAGGCAUGCGAAUCCACCCGGCCACCCGCACCUUCCAGGCUCUCCGCAUCGCAGUAAAUGACGAGCUUGCCGCCCUGGCACUCGCCAUCCCCGCCGCCCUCUCCCUGCUGGCGCCGGGCGGCCGGCUGGCCGUCAUCUCCUUCCACUCGCUGGAAGACCGCAUCGUGAAGCGAAGCUUCCUGGAAGCUGCUGCCGGCAUGCCUGUGCCCAUGCCUGUACCAGUGCCCUUGCCAGUGGCCAUGCCUGUGCCUGUGUCUGAACCAGGAGUAGGGAGCAGUGGCUUGGAGGGGCACGGGCAGGCGAGGUACCGGGUUGUGACAAAGCGGCCAGUGGUGGCAGAGGAGGAUGAGUGGAGGGUGAAUGCACGCAGCAGGAGUGCCAAGCUGCGGGUCAUCGAGCGAGUUGCUUGA